AUGAAUGAAGACCAAAAUGAUGUUGAAAUUGAUGAUAUUGAAGACAUGGAGCAUAUGGUACAUGAAAGUAGUGAAAAUGGCGAUAAUGAUGAUAUAGAUGAUGACAUAGAUAUGGAUGAAGCUAAUGAAGCAGGAUAUGGUUUUGAAGAUGAUGGAGAUGAAGACAUGAACGAUAGCGAGAAUGAUGUGGAAUAUGAGAAUAAUGAACUUGGCCAAGAAGAUCAUGCAGCUACUUUUGGUACAAAUAGAAGAGUGGAUAUUAGAUCUAGCAACACUUUUGGAAACAAUAGCCAACAAGAUCAAGAUGAUGAAAUUAGUUUAGACUUGGAUGAUUCUAACUAUGAUCAAGUUGUAACUGUACGCAAAAGAAAGAGAGGACCAACAAAAAUGGCAAACAUUUGGACCCAAGAUAAAAGAGAUCGAAUUCCUGUUUUAGUAAAUGAACUUGGGCAACCUAUUGAUGGAAAAAGUAGUCAGUUGACUUAUUUCAUGGGAACCCUUUCAAGGAGUGGAAAGUAUUGUCCGGUGCACAAACCGUGGAAUAAAGUUCACAAGACCAAAAAACAAAAUUUGCUUACAUUCUUGAAGACUAAAUUUGAUUUCCCCAAAACCGCGGAAGAAUGGAUCUUAAAAUCAUUUGGGCAUAAGGUGAAGAACUGGAGGGAAAGAGUUAAGAAAUCCUACCAUAAACCAUCUUUGUCACUUCAGGAGCAGAUAAACGAAAGGCCAAAACAAAUUCGAAAAAAACAGUGGAAGAAACUUGUCAAUUAUUGGAAUGAAGAGAAGACUAAGAGCGCAAGUGAAAAAAAUAAGGCUAAUCGGGAAAAAAGGAAGAUGGUGCAAGUCACGGGUAAAAAGAGUUAUGCUCGAGUACGUGAAGAUUUAAAGAAUUCUUUGGGACAUGAACCAAGUCGAUUCGAGAUGUUUCAUAAAUGCUUCUCUAAAGAUGGCAAAACAAAAAAUGUGGAAGCUACAGAUGCAAUUCAAAAGAUGAAAGAACUUAAAUCUUUACUUCCCAAGGAUUCAGUUGACAAACCUGGACCAAAUGAUAUUUUUUCAAAAGUAAUGGGUAAGGACCGAAAUGGAGACAUGUUUGGUCUAGGUGUUCGUGCUUCUUGUCGUAGAGAGAACAUCAAAUUAAGGUCUUGGUGUGAAGAACUUAGUCAAACAGUCGCCGAGUUAAGAGUAGAAAAGAAUGGAUCAGGGAAUCAUUCUAGUGUUCUAGCUUCUACAUCACAUCUCACUGUUGUAGCCAAUGGACCUCAACCUUUACGGGUUGGAGAUGAAGUUAUCCUUAAAAGCAUUCUAAACUUUGAGCCUGUAGCGAGAGGAAGGGUAAACAGCUUGGAUCCAAAUCAGCAAGUUGGGGGCAAAGAAAUUGGGCGUGAUUGGUGUGAGGUAUAUAUUGAAGUAGUUGUGAAAAGAGAUGAAAGCUUGAUUAGACCAUAUGGGUCAUUAGACAUAAUUGAUCAUGCUGUUGGUGCAUCUAUCGCAUGGCCAUGUUCUUUAAUUUCGGUGGCUUGUCAUGAGUGA